UUUAAUUUACGGAUAUUAAAUAAAUAUCUUAUAAUUAUAUUUGAAGGAAUUAAACAGUACCGUGUAUAAGGUACCUUGGCUUUUAGAAUAUCUAUGCAGCAUGAUGGUGGAAAACCCUAUAACAUCGACACCAGACUUGGUGCGGCUGAGAAAAAGUCUUAGCGGGAGUAGUGGUACAAGCUCAUUGAAGCGGCGGAGUUUGAUUCCUCAAACUCGAGCAACCAACCCUCGGGAUGAGGAGCGAAACGACGAUGAUGCUGAGCGUUCGUCUCUGGUGGCAUCCGAGCGAGCGAUUGCCACUUCCACACCACAUUCUCCACGCCGGCCACGAGAUACCAUGUCCUCAUCACCACAGAAAGAGCAUUUUCAGGGGUGUCUCAAGCUGUAUGCCGAAAAUAAAAUAAACAAGGACAAUGCAUGGAACCUGCAGCUUAUUGACUUCAUGACAUCCAUGCUGCGCAAGCAUGACUCCCGUAUGGACAACCUACAGACAGCGUCAACCGUCGUGGACGCAUCUGCCAGGAUAUACUCAUUCAGGGUGGACGCUGUGCAUUAUGAUGUUCUGAAAAUGGCAGGGGGAUUGAGCAAGGCUGCUCAGUCUAAACGUGGCAAGAAAGAUGAUGACGGCUGCACGCAAGACGAGGGUGCAGUGGACGGUGACAAUGCGGCACCCACUAAAAAGAAGAAGAAGCGGGCCAAGGGAGCCAUUGCUCCUAACCCGGAGGUGUUUAAUGGAGACUUUGAAGCUAAUGACUGCAUAGAUCCAUUUUUCGAAAGAUUAGCAGCCACAGCUGGGGAUAUCACGUCUUCUAAUAGAGCCUUCAACGCAACUCUACCCAUACACGAUAAGACGUUGGGUCUUAUUUUAAGAACUGAUGAGCGCUUCCUUGAGCCCAUCAAAGAGAACAUCCCCGAAGACCUGGACCUGAGUGAGCAGAUAACCCUUGCAGCCAAGAUGCUGCCAGCCUUUACUGAUGAUGACCACAUAUGUGAGCCUUUCACCGGCUUCUCAAUUAGUAAUUGGGAUCCAGAGACCGAGGACACGGAUGUGCGCGUUAACAACUGGGUGGAAGACAACAACCGGUUGAACCUGUCGCAGCAGGCGCUCGCCUUCGACGUGAAUGCCGAAGUCGAACCAGUGCCUCAAGAAGAAGUCCACAAUGAUCUUUUCGACGACGAGCCCCUCGGCGGCAUCGAGUCUGACUCGGAGCACGACGUGUUCACGGCGGCGUGCACGGCGCGCGGUGCGCCCGCGCCGCCGCCGCGGCUCACGGACAUGCGGCCCGGCGCGGCGCCCGACUCGCGCCUCGAGUACUCGUACUGCGGCGCCGUCGUCGGCGCCUGGGCCGGCCCCCGCCACUGGCGGCUCAAGAACAACAGAGUCUCCGAACGCACCCAAACCACCGCCGGCCGCACGCUCGACACCAAAAAGCCUACACGCACGAAACGACAACUAGACUUUCCUGGCAUGGGACUCGCUUUCGACUGCCGCGCUGAACCUACAGGGGAAUACGAACCUGCUCAGCCAGCGAAGAUUAUGAUUAGUAGGAAAACACUAGCUACGGGACAUACAUGGAAUGAAGCUAACUUCAAAAUGCCCAUCGAUAGAGGCCUAGACGAGUCCCACUUCCGAAAGCUCUUCCUGCGAAGCAGCGUACUUCUGCUUCGCAAGCGUGAACUCGAGCGCAACCGUGCGCCCGCGCCGGAGCCCGAGCCCGUCGAUGAGAAACCGUAUGAUUACAACAAUGAGAAUGACGCUUCCUACUGCGCUAACGCUCAGGACGGCGAUGAGUGGGGCAAUGAGGACGGCAUGGCGGCCGGCGAGCUUCACGAGCAGGCGAAAGCGGCAGAGCCGGAGGAGAUAGGGGACAUGCUGGAACCGCCAACAAAGGUCGCAAAAAUCUUCAUUCCCUAUGCCAUGCGAGCUAAAAAGGUCGACAUGAAACAACUAAAAAACUGCACGUGGAAGAUGUUGACAGAAAAAUCUCAAGGCGAACAAGAAGACGUGACGGAAACCACUUUCGCCACCAUCUACAACAAGCUACCGAACAAACUGUCCACCAACAUGCGAGAGUCGCUCAGUGUACCCCUGGCCUUAUUGUCCGUGCUACAUUUGGCCAAUGAAAAGGGACUGAUAUUGCAAAAAAGGGAGGACUUGAAAGACUUCGAUAUUCUAGGUCUGAUAAAGAAAUGAAAUGAUGGUAAUGCUAUAUUUUGUGUUUUGUCAUUCAUUUGUACAUUUUGAAUAUUUUAUAAGCUCGUAGUAAGUUUUUGUAGGUCAUGCAUAUACCCUAUUUUUUCUUUUCUUUAAUUAUAAUGGAACAUUGUAUAAAUAUUUUAUAAUUCCUUUGUGUUUCGUAUUUUUUUACGGUAUUUUGUCGAUUUUAAUAGGAGUACAAAUCCAUUUGUUUUACUAGUAUAGUAAGCCGGUCUUGUAAAUAAAAUACUAUGAUUU